GAAUUCAACAGGUGUAUAGAGAUGAAGAAAAGCAACUCCAGCCAGACUUACCAUCCGUAUUUGUUUCAGCCGUUCCUCAUAUAGAAACACUAUGAAAACAGUUCCCGUGAUAGCGAUUCUUUUAAUCGGUCUAGCUUCGGGCGAUGUUGUCAAUAAUAUUGAUAAAGAUGUGGAGUCGACGAUUCAACUGUUGCAAAAAGGCAUGGCUAGAGCAGGCAAGUUGCAUCAAAUAAUGACGAUGCCAAGCUCAGAAGAAUUGAAAAAUAUAGAUAAAAAAGUGAAGAAUGUGCUUACCACGGCUUUUAAGGAGACACUACUGAAACUGGUCAAGCGGGUCAAGAGAGAAACUGACCAUACAAGAGCCAUGCUUAAAAACAUACAUGAAAAAGUGGAGAAGCUCAAACUUAAAAUCCCUGAGCUUCAAGCACAAGGAAAGUCUAAAGAAGAAAUAAUUAACCUGGUGAAACAAAAAGCAAGGAGCUAUUUAAGACAAAUGCUAGAUGGUGUUAAAGCUGGUAAGAUAACAGAAAGAUUUAAAAUGCACUGUAUAAAAUAG